CAAAGCCGGGCCAAAGCCGGGCCGGAGACAGAACCCGCUCGAUGGGCGGCAAGUUCUCGGACUGCAGCGCGGCGGACCCGCGGGUGAAGGAUUGCUGUCACCUGGAAGGUGAGACCCCCAUCGAGAUCAGGAUCGCCUUUUCGCAGCAAAGGCCUGCGGCGUAUCCUCCUCAGGAGUGCCCGAAGGCUCCCCGCGCCGGGCUGCCGCACGCCGCCUUGGCGCAGAUGUCCCAGGCCUUCGCCCAUGCGCAGCCAGCCGCCUCCGAGCGAGGCCGGGCGCCGAGGGGCGCGGGCAACGAGUCCGACCUGGGCUUCGAUGCCGAGAGCUUCGCCGCGCCGGACGAUGCGGCCCCGCCGCGGGUGGAGGACCCGGCGGUGCUAGCGCUGCUUCAGACUGUCUGGGCGCAGGAAGUGGAGUACUUUCCCGAGGUGGUGCGCAGCAGGGCAGGCAAAAGGCCGCCGGCUCCACCCUCCACCGCGCCGCCGUCAUUGAACUCGCAGGCGCUGGGCUCCGCCGACCUGGGAGCCGGCUCUGCGGCCGACCGCGCCGGAGCCACCGGCGCGAGCGCGGGGGCUUCCGAGGCCUCCAACGUGUGAGGUGCCAAUGGCCAGGUUUCACAAGCGGCGCCCAGACCGGUGAAAAGCGCAG